UUGAAAUUGUUCUACCAUCAUGAUUGAGAGCUGAAAAAAACUUGUUUGCGUUGUGCUUCUGUUAUGACUUUCUCUUGUUGGCGAUAAAGCACAAGAGACAGUGACAGCAGCCCCGAACCCCCCUCAACCAUCCCAUCAGCCCCGGUCACAGCCACUGCAGUCUGUAGAAAAAGACCCAACCCCCUUUUCUCCUCCCCCUCCCCUCUCAUUGGCCGCUCCUCUGCCAAUCACAACCCGGGGGCGGGCCCAAGAGUGAGAGAGCGCUGAUGUCAGAGUCACAUGGAUUCUGGUGUGGUCAUGCGAGCGCAGCUGAGCGGCAGAGCUAUGCUGGCCAGCUGCUGCUGAAACAGCAGUGGACUGCUCGCGCUAGCACUCGCAAGACCGCUCGCCUAUGGACCGCCGAGCUUAAUGAUGUAUUUUGUGAUUUCAGCUAUGAAAGCUCAAAUCGAAAUAAUUCCCUGCAAGAUCUGUGGAGACAAAUCAUCAGGCAUCCAUUAUGGCGUGAUAACGUGCGAGGGCUGCAAGGGUUUCUUCAGGAGGAGUCAGCAGAGCAAUGCUGCGUACUCAUGCCCGCGUCAGAAGAACUGCCUGAUUGACCGCACCAGCCGGAAUCGCUGCCAGCACUGCAGGCUGCAGAAGUGUCUGGCCGUGGGCAUGUCACGUGACGCGGUGAAGUUCGGUCGGAUGUCGAAGAAACAGCGGGACAGCCUGUAUGCGGAAGUGCAGAAACACCGGCUCCAGCAGCAACAGCGGGACCACCAGCAGCAGCCCGGUGAGGCCGAACCCCUUACACCUACCUACGGCCUUUCCACCAAUGGCCUGACCGAGCUUCAUGAUGACCUGAGCGGCUACAUGAACGGCCACACACCCGACGGCACAAAGCCUGACUCGGGCGUCAGCAGCUUCUACCUGGACAUCCAACCCUCACCCGAUCAGUCCGGCCUGGACAUCAACGGCAUCAAGCCGGAGCCCAUCUGCGACUUCACCCCGGGUUCAGGCUUCUUCCCCUACUGUUCCUUCACCAACGGGGAGACGUCCCCCACCGUUUCCAUGGCUGAGUUGGAACAUCUGGCCCAGAACAUUUCCAAGUCCCACAUGGAGACGUGUCAGUACCUGAGAGAAGAACUUCAACAAAUGACCUGGCAGGCAUUCCUUCAGGAGGAGGUGGAGAGCUACCAGAACAAGCCCAGGGAAGUCAUGUGGCAGUUGUGUGCCAUUAAAAUCACAGAGGCCAUUCAGUAUGUGGUGGAGUUUGCCAAGCGCAUCGACGGCUUCAUGGAACUCUGUCAGAAUGAUCAGAUAGUGCUUCUCAAAGCAGGCUCUUUGGAGGUGGUGUUCGUCAGAAUGUGCCGUGCCUUCGACCCUCAGAACAACACAGUCUAUUUUGACGGAAAGUAUGCCGGGCCUGAUGUCUUUAAGUCAUUAGGCUGCGACGACUUGAUCAGCUCUGUCUUCGAGUUUGGGAAAAACUUGUGUUCUAUGCACCUCUCUGAAGACGAGAUCGCCCUGUUCUCCGCCUUCGUGUUGAUGUCUGCAGACCGGUCCUGGCUCCAGGAGAAGGUGAAGGUGGAGAAACUCCAGCAGAAGAUCCAGCUGGCCCUCCAACAUGUUCUACAAAAGAACCACAGAGAGGACGGCAUACUGACAAAGUUGAUAUGCAAAGUCUCCACGCUGCGAGCCCUGUGCAGCCGGCAUACGGAAAAGCUGACGGCAUUCAAAGCAAUAUACCCAGACAUUGUCCGCGCCCACUUCCCCCCCUUGUACAAGGAGUUGUUCGGAUCAGACUUUGAGCAGUCCAUGCCCGUUGACGGGUAGCGCUUCCCCGCGCCCGCCCCGCCCGGGGGGAAGUCACACCGUGGGGAAUGUCAAGCAUAAAUCUGAGACACUUUAGCAGUGCCCUGCACAUACACACACCUGGACGGACGACACACUGCACACACACACACACACACACACACACACACACACCCCCCCCCCCCCUUUUUUUUUUCUUUUUUUUCCCCCUUGUGAUUUUUUUCGUGGGGGAGGAGGUGGUAAUGGACUGGGUUUGACUCCAGUGGUUUAUUUUUGGGGUUUGUUCCCUUCUUUUACUGACACAGGUGGGAUUCGGAGCCCAGGGGAGAGGAUGAGAAGAUGAAGACACUUGUUUUAUUUCCGAACGCUCCCUCGCUCUCUUUCUCUCUCUGACUGAACCUGAAGAGUCCACGCGUACCUUUCCAGAACGGUCCCUUGGCGAUUUGUCACAAUCAGCAUAAAUUGUUUUGACUCGUUUCCAAAGCGGAAAAACGAUUCCCAGAGCGCAUUCGCCUGGAAUCCAGCAUUUUAAACUUUUUACAGGAAGAGGAACACAGUUUAAAGCCCUUUUCAAGCCAAGAGAAUGAAACAAAAAAGUUGAGAUCAAAAAGUCGAUUAUCCGAACUGUUCCAGCAGUUAUUGUAGCACCAAAAAAAAGUCUACGUAGAAACAUACGUCGCUUGGAUUUUUUUGUUUUGUUUUUUUGGGGAUGUCAAACCAGCACCAAACGAAGAAGAACAUGAAUUGAGAGAGAAAGAGAGAUACGGAGGAGGAGUGUAACGCAGAGUUGACACAAAACAGCACCUUUCUACGGACAAUCGAAAAAAAAAAAGAAAAAAAGAAGGAUCAACGUAGAAUUCUGGUAAUUCUAGUCGUAAUAUGCGCGAUUGCUUUUAGCCGUCAGAGACUCCAUCUACCAUAGUUAGCUUAGUGAUAUCGUUUAAGGCCAUCUGCUAUUAAGUCCCUCUCCAGAAUGGUGUUCGUAACGUAACGGUCCGACCACCAACAUCAAUGCAAUGCAAGGGUCCAUUCCACCUGUUUUCUAACGUGUUACAGGGUAUUUGGUCAUAAGUACAAACUAUACAGAAAAAAAAAAUGUUUAUAGAAUCUAUUUUAAAUAACAUGUAUGAUAUUAGUAGCUAGACUAUUCUUAAUUGUGAAAAAUUGAUAAGGCACUUUUAUUUGCACCUUUCUUUAAUUUAAGACUUGUAUAUUUACCUAGUGAUGUGUUGCAUGUAUAAAUACCACGGUUAUGGAGAACGAGUGCUGGAAACCCUAACGCUGCUGAGGGUGGGUGCGUGUUUGAGUGCGUGUUUGUGUAUUUAUUUGCGCGAGGCGGAGGUUGGUGCUGGGAAAGGUGGAUCACAUGACCUGGGAGGGCAAAUUUUUCAAUGUUUCCAUCACAUAGUUCCACUUUAAACGGGAGCUAUGAUGGUAAAACUCCAGAUCAAGCUCUAGUUCUUGUUAUUUUGUCCCAUUGCAGGACAAACCUAAGCACACAGAGUCUAUUAAAUGGUGGACCCUUUUUCCACACAUUUCAGAUGCUGUUUAAUGGUUCCAUCUAGUGGUGGUGCACCACAUGACCAUGUGGAGGAGUCAGAUCUGGUUUGUGAACAGCUGAUUUUCCUUAAACUGGCUCUUGUGAGGGUCUUUGCCCAGCAACAAUGCUCGUCGGGAACGUAAGAGUGGGGAAAAAAAAGACGAAAAAAGAGAAAUAUUCAAAGCCUUGUCUGGUUGAAAUCCUCUAUUUUUGUAACAUUGUACAGUGCUUAUGAAGCCUAUGAGAGAAAAAAAAAAAGGGAAAGAACGAAGGAUGAUAUAGCACUUAAUCCUGCAAUAAUUAGAAUUUGUGUGUUUUUUAUGAUUUUUUUUUUUUUUUUUUUUUUUGUCUUUUU